AUGCAAAAUGAAGCUGAUCCUUCCACGGGUGCAGUGUAUAAAGGUCAAGAUAUAACCCUCAGUGAAUCAAUGGAUACAAGUGGACUGGUGACACUGAACCCGACCAUCGCCGAAGACAGCAUGGAAGUGGACUUCACACCUGGUUUCCUGCACAGCGAGCGGUCGCCAUCUUUGUCUUCAGGAAACUGCACGGGAAAGGUCAGACAGUGAUUUUGUUGACUCUCAUGAACAUAAAAAAAAGUUCCGUUAUCGAACACAAAAAAAUCCCAUUAAUCAUUAGAUCCUAGUCAAUGUAACUGUAAAUUUCGAAACCGAUUCGGUGAAUUACGCAAUGGUGUACCUUCUCCAGAAGUCAGCCGAUUCCAAUACGUCAGUGAAAAUCCAAAGAACAAACAUAUUUCGCGACUAAAAUUCCCUCACUUUUCACAUUAAUAUUUGAGUGAUUCCACGUCAAACAGAACUCCGUUUUGGCCUUAGGUGUUCGAAAUUGAUUGAAACGUCUUGAAUAUGUUCUGAGAAUAAUUAAAAGAGCCGUAAAUAUUUUUGUUAGAUUUUACCUUAAUUAUUUUGGAAUUUAUUCCGCAUGGAAUUUUUCGAAAAACCGCGCCCACUAACAAAUAAACAUUCUUAUUUCUCCUGCAACAUUGAUCGUACGGAACUGAGAUAAGUCUCAAAUAAAAGCUCAAACAGUUAUUUGACUAUUAAUAGUUCGAUUGAAUUGUUACAAAUCAAUAAUUCAUUAAAUCUCAAU